UUUUAUAAUUUAUUGAAAUGAAUGCUGAAAAUAGACAAGGACUUGAUUCAUUUGAAGUUGCCCAUGGGGUCAUUGAGACAUUGUGUAAAAAUAUUUUAGAGAUUAUUUACCCUUUAGCUAGGAGUAUUAAUCAAGAAAUCUUCGAAAGGUAAACAACGAACAUUGGGCUUAACGAAGAGUUUUUAAUAGAGGAUUGGAUUUUAAGUCGAAUAAACUUGUUAAGGUUUGACUUACUAUCAAUGCGAAAAGUUUGAUUUCAACUAAAAAUUGAGUUUAGAAUAGAAAUGAUAAAAAUAAUGUUAUUUUUCAUAGAGCAAUUACAAAAUGUGCUCCAAUUUACGCAACAGACCAGUUGCUAUCUUCCUUGGCUUGACUCAUGAGGUAUCAGGUUGAUCCCAAUAAGAAUAGGGAGUUAGGUAAUAAACCAUCAUCUAAUAUGUGUACAGAUGCAUCUUCAGAUUUUGACAUAGAGCCAUCUCCAGCAAAAGGAGAUGACCGUGUAACUGGGUUAAUUCCAUGAAACAAAAAGCCAAAACCUAACACUGAAAUCCAAAUGAGCUUCAGAAGAAUGUCUACUGCGAAGAGACCAAGUAUGACAAAAGCAUUAAAAUUCUUGAAAGGGAAAUCUCAUGGCUCGAAGAAUAAGCAAAUCAAGCUUGAUAUCAAACCGCUGCAUGAGCCCACUCCUCGAGAAUCUCAGAGCCGUAAGGAUUUUGAACGGAUAAAAUAAGCUGAAGAGAGAUAAGAUUGAAGAGAUCAAACGUUUUAAGAUGAAGCAGAAGACACUUGCUAAGAAGAGAGCCCAGAUGAGGGACUGAAAACUCUUUACAGGUGUCACCUCCGAUCAUAAUGGAAAACUUCUUUUUAUACACAAAAAGAAAGGCAGUUUUAGCCAUACUUGCAAUGUUGGAUUCAAGGUUUCAAAUAUGAAGAAAAAGGUCGGGAGAGAACUUACUUUCCUUCACAAUGUUAACACUAAACAAUUCAAAAAGAUCAAAGUUAUGGAGAAUACUCAGAGCCAGGGCUUUGUCCAAGAUGAGAAAGAGCAGUUUUAUGACACAGAAUCUAAAUUCCGGGUUACUCUUACAUCUGUUAAUAAAGGUGUAAAGCUAAUCCAAGGAGAUGAGAUAGUGCAAGGACCUCCAGAUGAUGAUUUCAAAACUGAGAUUGAUCGCAAGGAAAACUUUAAUUUCAAUUAUACUCAAACUGAUAGUUCUUUAGAGCUUAAAGAAAACUCUAAGUUGAUUGAAGAAAAGGAAAUUGAACUAACUGAGAAAUCUAAAAAUAGCUUUCAAUUGCCUGCCAGAAUUAGCAAAUCAGUUCUAAAAUCUUCCUUUGCAACUUUCCAAAAUCCACCUAACAAUGAGAGCGCCUCCAAAAAUAAAUACUUAAAAUCAGCUUCAAAAAAUCGCAUAAUAACCCAGAAUACUACUCAAUCUCUCAACAAUCUCUACAUAAAACCCAAAAAGAAAGUAAAAAUUAUAUCUUUCUCUCAAACUAGCACUUACUAUAAGCCUCAAAAAGUAACUAAAACUUCUAAAAAGAAACCUCCGAGACCUGAAACUGCUAAACAAAUGUACAAGAAGUCAUUGCACUCUAACUACCGAAAGACACGCUCUGAAUAUUUUAAGAAGCCUAAAAUAGUCAAGCCUGAGGUCACUCUGGCUGACUCAAAAAGGUCUCAGUCUCAAGAAUUCAGAAUUGUUAAGCGAAAGCAAGCCAUUCGCCCUAUUAGCAGUAAACCAGCUGUUAGGAACUGGUCUGCUGGUAGGUCAAUGCCCUGGGAAACAAAGGGGUUUAAUCAUAAGGAAUGGAUCUCCCAGCAGACUACUUUAUAA